AUGGGCUCAAUAGAUAACGAACGGAGAUUCAAAAGUAUCACAUUACCCUGUGAGUGGGUAGAGGAUUACCGCCCAGGUGGUUAUCAUCCAGUCGUUCUUGGGGACGUCUUAGACCAGUACAAGGUCAUCCGGAAGCUUGGCGAUGGCUCUUCCUCAACUGUUUGGCUCGCCCGUGACCUGAAAAAGAGUGGAUAUGUCGCCCUGAAGAUCCUUGUGUCUAACAUCUCAGGAUCGACAACUGAACUACGACUCUUACGCGACAUCACCAAAUUCGCAGAAGGGACCCGGUAUAUCACGCGAUUACUAGACGAGUUUGAACACCACGGGCCUAAUGGCAUCCACAAGUGCCUGGUAUUUGAGCCCAUGGGUCCAAGUGUGAAUUCUAUGGUCGAGGAGCUGCCGCAGUUUCACCCUCGCAGGCAAGAAAUGAAGGUCCGCUAUCCGCUUCAGAUGGCGAAGGGCAUCCUCAAGCAAUCCUUACAGGCUCUUGUAUUUCUCCACGAAAAUGGUAUCGCCCAUGGAGACUUCCAGCUAGGAAACAUACUCUUUACUCUUGACAAUAUCAUCUCAGCGCCCGAGGAGCUGCUCCGGCAAGAGGAAGAUGUACAAGCCAAGUCAAUCUCGCCCCCUAUACAGAGGCUAGACGGCAAACAAGAUAAAUGGGCACCUCGAUAUCUUUGCGUCGCGCGGCCCCUAGUGCCCUUUACCUCCUACGAAGGGUUUAAGGUCAAAUUAUCCGAUAUGGGCGGUGCAUAUUUCUUUACCGGUCCGCUAAAAAUGCCCGUCACUCCACUCGGUCUUCGAGCUCCCGAGUUGAUUCUUACCGGAGCCGUUAACAAUACCCUUGACGUCUGGAGUUUUGGUUGCGUUCUUUUUGAGCUUAUCACCGGACAGCCGCUCUUUUGUGUACCAUGGUCCGAGAUGGAAGACGACGAUCAUCUUCUCUCCCUUACCGCGCAGCUCGGCGCUAUCCCUGACGAGCUCUUCAAGCAUUGGACGACAUCGUCGCUCUACUUUACGCCCGAGAGGAUGCUCUUUAAUUGUCAGCUUGGAGGAGUCCCUCCGGGGGAGGAACCGCUUAUGGUGGAGCAAAUAUCUAUGGAAGAGUCCUUCGAUCGGGCAGAUCCAGAUCUUGAUGAGGAGGAAGCCCACAAAGUGAAGGCGCUCAUUCGAUGGAUUCUGCAAUAUAAUCCCGCGAAGAGACCUUCAGCUGCGGAAAUCUUAGCUGAUCCGUGGUUCUGCGAGAUUGACGUUGAGAGCGUCUCCAAGGUAAACAUAGUCUAG